AUGGAUCUGGAUGAAUUUUCCGACGACGGUCUCGAUGAUCUUCAGGAGAACGAUCUCCGCGAGAUUGAAAACCAGGCAAUCCAGUUCACACAGGCUCAGGCACAGCUGACCCAAGAUCAACCGAGGUCCUCCAUAGACGCACGAGCACAACAGUCAGACUACGGUUGGGAGGAAGACGAUGAUUUGGAUACAGCCCAGGUCGUGAACGAUGCUGGUGUUCCCGUCAGCCGACGGCCUGGCUACCCGAAGGCACCUGCACAGCUGCCCGCCAACCCACCUCGACGACCCAUACCACCAGUCCCGAAUCCUCAAUGGAACCCGACUCUCGCGCAAAACGGCCGCCCAAACGCGUCCGUGGCGCAACCCCCCCUGCGAACCAGUCUCGCCGCCGCUUCUCAGCGAUUCAACCCGUCCCAGGCCAGUGCGGCCGUCGGUCAAGCGCCGCUGCUGACGCAGACGCAGCCUGGAGACGUGCUAUCUGCGCUGCAGAUCCGGAUCCGCGCUCUAGAGUACGACCUGAAUGCAGCACGGGGAGAGGCGUCCAUUAUACGCGCCAACUCGGUCAAGGCCCAGCGCGAGUUUGACGUACAGGUCUCGAGCCUGAAAAGGGCCAACGCCGAGCAGCUCGAGAAGCACAGCCGCGCUGUCGAGGCGGCGAUCACAGCCGAGCGGUCGGCCAACACGGAGCUGCAGUUUCUCCAGCAGGACAUGAAGGAGGUCAGCGACCGCGCCAGACGGAAAGAUGCCGCCGCCGGCCCGGCGGGCAACCUGGCCACGACCCCGAAAAAGGCGGGCGGCAGAAGCUGGGGCAUCGCGGACGGGUUUGACGAGAUGGAUGUCGCCAUCAGCCCUAGCAAGGGACGCGGAAAGGGACGGUCGGCCGGCUCCGUUGCGGCCAAUGUGGGAGAGCGCACGCCAACCAAGGGCAAGCGAAAGCGGCCAGUCAUGGACAGCCCAGUGGCGGCUCUCGAGAUUGACACCGCGGAUAUUGUCAUGGGUGAGGACAAGCUGGAACUGUCGCAACCUUUCCAGCACCACGUUGCGGUUCUUCCUCCUGCUGCACCAUAUGAAUUUUUACAGCUCAUUCUGGACCACGGAAGCUUUCAUCAGCAACCACCUACGUUUGAUAUCCUCUCUCGCUUCACAUUUCCUUCCGACACCACAUCGGCGUCUCUUGCCUCCAAAAUAUUCGAACGACUGCCGCUCAUGGGCAACCCGGAUCGCUCCAUGCAGUUACAAGUCGAUUUUGCGGAAACCAUUAUCUUGCUGUGGAGUCGCUGCUUCGAGGAGCAAUACUGGGAGCCCAUCAAAUACCUGAUGCCGCUUCUAUCAUUCACCUUUCAACUCCACGUCACCUCUGUUGCUCCCUUUGUUGCUCGGAGCCUUGUGCCCAUUGCGCAGUCGACAAUCUGUCUUGUUGCCGACGCCCUGCAGUCGCGCUUACCCGACGGAAACUUUCCAAACCAGCAAGAAUAUAAAUACUACGAAGAGCACAUUGAUACCGUCGAAGCCAUGUCGCUUUUGCACAUGUGCGCUCUUGCGUGCGCGACAUCGCACGACGACGUACAGCAUGGAUUGGAGCAUGGCCUUCCUUCCUUCUGGAAGCUCAUGUCUCUGGACAUGGUGCUCAUUUUGCUUUCACCCAAGCAGCGAUUCCAUGACAUUGUCAACAUGCUGGACCUGUUGUCUACCUCAUCGCUACCAGAGUCAAUAGGUCCCAUCACAGAAGAUAAAGACCCGCAGCUUGUUGCUCGUAUCAUUAUUGAGCGUGUUUCUGCUAGACUGAUAGAGGGUCCGCGAUCGCCACAUACCCAGGUUCAGAAAAAGACCACACGGGCGACGGCCCUUCGUACCCUCAUUGCUUUUGCUCGCUAUCCAUUCGGCGCCUUGCAGCUCGCUAUCCACGACAACGCCCUCCCACGGCUCAUGACUUGCUUGAGCACAUCCAUAGACGAGCUCUACGACCAGCCCAUAUCAUCGGCAUUGCUUCCCGAUCCCCCAACACCAGCGGAGGAUCAUGGCUAUGUCGCUUAUUACCACAGUAGCCGCAAAAUCAGCGACGCCAGUGCCACAAUUGAGCUGAGUCGCAUCAUCUCGCAAUGCGUGCUGCUUAUCCACGCCCUCGUCACAGAUCUGCACACUGCCGACGCGGCAGACAUGAGCCGCAAGCUAUCCGUCUUUCACGGCGGCAGCCAACGGCAGCUCUUGGCGCUCGGACGCCUUACCUUUGCGGAAGAGGACCUCAUCAUGGAAGCAGGCAUCGACAGCGAGAUUGUCGAGGCCGCGCAUGAACUGCUCGAGCUGGCCGUGUCGCCUGACGAAGGCGAGGUGGUGAGCGAGGCCUUUGGACCAUGA